AUGGAAGUACCCGCAGAAUUAUUGGCAUACACCAAUCGAAACCCACUUGAGACUAUACUCAAUCGAUUCCGAAGCACCUUUGACACUAGCAGUAACCCCAUGGAAGGUGAGAUUUUAUCAUGGAUUUCAAUUCGAAGGCUAAUUAUGGAUUACACAACUGGUGAACAUCGAAAUGAAGAAAUAUUAGCCAUACGACAACUCCUUCUUAAACUACUUCUUAAACUAUCAUUAAAUCAAAUUCCCGUCUUCAAAUUUAGUGAUCUAGUAGCAUUGAUCAAAGGUUUUGCUGGUGAUCAUGAAAUUUGGUCCACCGUGAUCCAGAUCGCUGAUCGUAUCGACAAAGAAGAUCAACCUACUAACACUGCCCCUCAAACUACUGUAGCUAAGAAAGAAUAUUCGACGGCCACUAAAUUCCAAAGCGCUACGGAACCAGCAGGUUAUGAUGCCACCGCUACUCUAUUGGCAAUUGCGCUCGAAUACGAGCUUCAAGAGAGGACUUUUAGAAAUGUCGAUAAAUUUUGGGAAUUAAAUUUCGAAAAUUGUCAACGCGGAAUAAGUAACGUCUUCUCAGACAAUACGGACGAAGAAGCGAUACGAAGCUGGAUGCAUGAUUUUCGAGAUCGCUACCUGAUCCAGCUAAUUAAGGGUUCGAAAGUUUCCGGGAAAGACUGGCCGGCUGUUCAGAGGGAACAAAGAAAAUCACUUAUGCGUGGUAAAUAUUUUUAUACAAUAAAAUCAGGCGAACUCAAAGGUAGUUUGAACAAUUGCCAUGUGGACUUUUUUAUUAAAAGUUCUGUUAUCUCUGGCAAUGACGAACAUAAAUGGAGAGAUGUCAGAGUCGUGGGACAAAUAACCUCUUCGAACAAACAGCUAGAUGAUAAGACCCAUCUGUUAAUGAGGAACGUGCGCGAAAUCUUCUAUUCGCAGCCGCUUCGUCGAUUUGUGCAUGGGUUCUGCUUACACAAUGAUCACAUGGAGCUCUGGAUUGUCGACCGGGCAGGUGCAUAUAGCUCUGGUGAAAUAGACGUUUCGCAGAGCCAGGAAAAACUGAUCCGGGCAUUGUCGUCAUACAUGUUCAUGAGUGAUGAGGAUCUUGGAUUGGACCCAAUCACUAGCUACAAUAGUGACGGUCGAUGUUUCGUCACCGUUCCAAACGCCAAGACAUCAGUGGAAAGAAUUGAGGUGAACCCCUUACCUAUAGCUCGGCCGGAAACCAUAGUUUCGCGAGGAACCACGUGCUUAGAGACGAAGGAUAGCAUGUAUAUGCUAAAGUUCUCUUGGGGCACUGAGUCUGUGGAAUCCGAGACCAAAAUUUUCAAAAGUGUAAAAGAUGUGACAGGCGUCAUCAAGUUGAACUACUCUUCUGAUCUUUAUGAUAUCCAUGAUCACCGAAUGGAAAUGAAAUUUACGGAAGACAAAAAAUGGGACAUCUAUUUUGGUGAUCGAACUCUCUACCAUAGCAUUUCGACGGGAUCUCCAGCCAUGGAAUCUUACAUUCAACGUAAACUUACUUAUGUUAAGCUGUCGCCGGUCGGACGGCCCCUUCAGUCUUCUUCAACGGUACGGGAAUUUGUACACGGCAUACGAGACGCCAUUAUCGGACACCGCAAUUUAUACGAGAGAGGGAUCAUUCACGGUAAUAUCUCGGCCAGAAACAUCAUUCUGACUAAGGCGGAUGUAAGGGGUGCAAGUGAAGGGAUACUUACCGGUCUAGAUAAGGCUUUGUAUCGUCAGGAGAAAAAAGGUAAGAAACAGCAUGAAAGUUUUACCGGAACUAGAAAGUACAUGGCGCUGGAACUUUUAGAAGCUAUUGACGAGAAGGAAUACACCCUAAAGCAAACUUACCGUCAUGAUCUUGAAUCAUUCUUUUACGUUCUCAUAGCUGGAUGUAUGAGCUAUUGUCGUAAAGAAGCUCCAACACAUCUCCAAAACUGGUAUUCGGCUAACUCUACGUUGUGUUUCACAUCAAAGAAAAGUGAUAUCAAAGAUAAAUUUCAAAAACGAAUAUUAGAUUACUUCACGCCCGUGUUUGAAUGUCUUCAGGAGCUGGCACUGAGUCUUCGCCAAAUACUCUUUGAAGAUAAAUCGGUGGGAUACGGGACACCAGAAGAUCCUAACGUGCUGUAUGAGCCUAUAAUCCGUGCCUUCGAUGACACUAUCCAGGAACUUGAAGGUGAGAAAGAUUUCAAAUAA